AUGCCUGAGGGAAGAUUGAGAUUAAUAUCCUUUCAAGAAUUUGUCGCCUUUGAGUCUGUCCUGUGUGCUCCCGAUGCGUUGUUUAUGGUGGCCUUUCAGCUGUUUGAUAAAGCCGGCAAAGGAGAAGUUACCUUCGAGGAUGUCAAGCAGGUGUUCGAACAGACCACGAUUCAUCAGCAUAUUCCGUUUAACUGGGAUUCAGAGUUUGUACAGCUACAUUUUGGAAAAGAAAGAAAAAGGCACCUGACCUACUCAGAAUUCACUCAGUUUCUGCUGGAAAUACAACUGGAGCAUGCAAAACAAGCGUUUGUGCAGCGUGACAGCGCCAAGAUGGGACGAGUCACAGCCAUCGACUUUCACAACAUCAUGGUCACCAUCCGCCCCCACGUCUUGACGCCAUUUGUAGAAGAAUGUUUAGUAGCUGCUGCUGGAGGUACCACAUCGCAUCAAGUUAGUUUCUCCUAUUUUAAUGGAUUUAAUUCGCUUCUUAACAACAUGGAACUCAUUAGAAAGAUCUACAGCACUUUGGCUGGCACCAGGAAAGAUGUGGAAGUCACCAAGGAGGAGUUUGUUCUGGCAGCUCAGAAAUUUGGUCAGGUUACACCCAUGGAAGUAGACAUCUUGUUUCAGUUAGCAGAUUUAUAUGAGCCAAGAGGACGAAUGACUUUAGCAGAUAUUGAGCGAAUCGCCCCUCUGGAAGAGGGAACUCUGCCCUUCAACUUGGCUGAGGCCCAGAGGCAGCAGAAGGCCCUGGGUGAUUCAGCUCGGCCGGUUCUCCUACAAGUCGCGGAAUCAGCCUAUAGGUUUGGUCUGGGUUCUAUUGCUGGAGCUGUUGGAGCCACUGCUGUGUAUCCUAUAGACCUUGUAAAAACUCGAAUGCAGAACCAGCGAUCAACUGGCUCUUUUGUGGGAGAGCUCAUGUAUAAAAACAGCUUUGACUGUUUUAAGAAAGUGCUGCGCUAUGAAGGCUUCUUCGGACUGUACAGAGGUCUGUUGCCACAGCUAUUAGGAGUUGCCCCAGAGAAGGCCAUAAAACUUACAGUGAAUGAUUUUGUGCGGGACAAAUUUAUGCGCAGAGAUGGUUCGAUUCCACUUGCAGCAGAAAUUCUGGCUGGAGGCUGUGCUGGAGGCUCACAGGUGAUUUUCACAAAUCCUUUAGAAAUCGUCAAGAUCCGUUUGCAGGUGGCUGGAGAGAUCACGACUGGCCCCCGGGUCAGUGCCCUGUCCGUCGUACGAGACCUGGGGUUCUUCGGCAUCUAUAAGGGUGCCAAAGCCUGCUUUCUGCGAGACAUUCCUUUCUCGGCCAUCUACUUCCCAUGUUAUGCCCAUGUGAAGGCUUCUUUUGCAAGUGAAGAUGGGCAGAUUAGCCCUGGAAGCCUGCUGCUAGCGGGGGCCAUAGCUGGUAUGCCCGCGGCGUCUUUAGUGACCCCUGCUGAUGUUAUCAAGACGAGAUUACAGGUGGCUGCCCGGGCCGGCCAGACCACUUACAGUGGAGUGAUAGACUGCUUCAGAAAGAUACUGCGGGAAGAAGGACCGAAAGCCUUGUGGAAAGGAGCUGGUGCUCGCGUGUUUCGAUCCUCACCCCAGUUUGG